AUGUCCUCUGCAGUAUCACAGAGCAAUGGCUCCCCGCUAUUGCGGCCACGGGCCAUUUUGAAGAAGCUUGAUGAGCCUAACAAUUUCUCCUUGGAGAAAAGCUCUCUUGACUCGAGUGGACGUUCGACUCCUGUCGCCGAAGAUGCCCCCCCGUCUGUCCAAUCCAUAUCGCACGCCAGAAAGCAAGCUAGAGCUCGCAACCGGUUGUUCUAUACUAUUGAUUAUAUUCCUCGUGUAUCGCACUUUGACCCGAAAAGCGACUAUCAUAACUUCCGCGGAUUCUUUACACUUUUUUGGAUUGGGUUGUUUAUCAUGGUGGUCACGACCGCACUUCGGAACGUCAAGGAUACCGGUUCCCCACUGCGAGUGAGGGUAUGGAGUAUUUUGACAACGAACGUCUGGUCAAUGGGUUUCAGCGAUCUUGCUAUGGUGGUUAGUAGUGCGGUGGUCUUGCCGCUCCAUCGCCUAUUCAGGAAGAGUAAUGGAUGGCUGCGAUGGGGAAGAGGGGGUAUUGUAGUACAAAGCGUUUUUGAAGCAGCUUGGCUCAUCCUAUGGAUCAAUUGGCCGUUCAUGUUGCGCUGGACCUGGACUGCGCAGGUAUUCUUUACCUUGCACACCUUGACAUUUCUCAUGAAGAUACAUUCUUAUGCAUUCUACAAUGGUCAUCUCAGCGAGACCGAGCGCCGCUUGUCCGCACUUGAUAACCCAGGGUCAGCGUUAAUGGAUGCGGCUGUCGUCCGGUAUCCGGAACCAGCCCCUCGUCGGCCUCCGACACAGCGGCAUUCGCGAUCGGAGUCACUUCAAGAGCUGCGCGAAGAUUUGGCGACUGAAUUGACCUCGCCGCUAGGCCAUGUCACAUACCCGCAGAACCUCACCCUUCAUAAUUACGUCGAUUUUACUUUUUGUCCUACUCUCUGCUACGAGUUGGAAUAUCCUCGGAGCAAGAAUAGAUCGUGGUCAGAAAUUGGCCUGAAAACGCUUGCUGUCUUUGGUUGUAUAUUCCUGUUGACCCUCACUAGCGAAGAGUUCAUUCUCCCCGUCCUCAGUGAGGCCAAUACUCAGUUGCAUUUGAAACAGAGUGCAGCAGAUAAAGCCUUGACCCUUGCAGAAACAAUCAAUAUGCUUCUAUUUCCAUUUAUGAUCACGUUUUUACUGGUAUUUCUGGUCAUUUUCGAAUAUGUGCUUGGUGCAUUUGCGGAGAUCACCUGUUUCGCUGAUCGCCACUUCUACUCGGACUGGUGGAAUUCCUGCGAUUGGCUCGAAUUCUCCCGCGAAUGGAAUAUCCCAGUCCAUCAUUUUCUCCGUCGACAUGUCUAUUUCCCUUCCAGAGCCCGCUUUUCUCAGUCAGUCGCCAUGUUCAUUACUUUCCUCGUGAGCUCUAUCGCCCAUGAAUUGGUAAUGAGCUGCAUCACCAAAAAGCUCCGUGGCUACGGAUUCAUCGCCAUGAUGCUCCAACUGCCAAUCGUUGCAGUCCAGCAAUCAAAAUACUUCCGAGGCAAGACAACUCUUAGAAACAUAUUCUUCUGGCUAUCAAUGAUCUUCGGUCUCGCUUGUAUGUGUGCAUUAUACGUUCUCGUUUAG